UACCAAACUUCUCCGGGCCUGCAAUUGUGUAUGUGUAAAGUGGAAAUAAUAUAGUUAUAUGUAUUUUCCCUACCUCCUAGAACUGGUUUUAACUACAAAUGCUUCUUGAUUUACAUCCUAAUAAACCUUUAAAAUACCCUAAAUUGAAAAUGCUUAUCUUAACCUACUAACCACAGUAGCUUACCAAUGCCCUUUGCUAUGUGAUGUCAUGGCUGAGGAGGAACUUACACUGUCUGGUGUUACCAGAAGAGCAUUGUGUUUGUAAGUCCACUACCUCAGGAAAGGAUCAAAAUUCCAGGGUCUGGGACUGUAACUCCCGGUAGAACACUUGCCUAGCCUGUGCAAGGCCAGGUAUUUGGCACUGAAAAGCAAACCACAAACCGAUUUGAAGUACACUUUAUACUACAUGCUCAUCAUUUGACCGUUGUAAUAAGUGGAGCCGUUUUAAAUCUGGAUCUGUCUGCGUGUGCAAAGCUCUCAGAAGAAUGCCUGACCAAUAACAAGCACUGAAUAGGCAGCAUUAGUAACACAGGUGAUGCGUGUGCAGUGCGGCUCUCGGGGUGCUCAACUGCUGGCUCCCAUAAGUGUCUCUGGUAGAAUUCUGCUUUCCUGCCAUGUGGCGGUGGCACCCGCCUUCAGUCCCAGCACUCGGAAGGCAGGCACAUGGAUCUCUGAGUCUGAGGCCAGCCUGGUCUACACAGUGAGUUCCAGGACAGCCAGGGUUACACAGUAAUACUCUGAAAAAGCAGGAAAAGAAAAGAACUGAGCUCUUCCCAUGACCCCCAGCUCUCCUCCUGCUCUCUCCCUCCCUCCACCACUGAAUUUCGAGCCUCACACGUGGUAAGCGUGGACUUUGCUGCUAACCUCGGACUCCAGGCCCCGUCACAGUUUUUAUUCUGUCUCCCAGCUCUCAUAUCAGUUUUACCCAGGCCAAAGCUGACGUCUAAAUAAAUCGUCAUAAAUCAUCUCUCUGGAUUCUGAAAGACCUUGUCUCCAUCUGUCACCACUGAGGAGUAUGUACUGGGAUGGGGGUUAACUUCACCUAGAGUGCCUAUGAUAAAAGUGACUGGAACCCUGCAGUCUGUAAGAGGAAAAGUACCUGCCAAGUAGUUUCCUUAAAACUGCUUUCUGAUCAUCUUCCCCUCAAUCCCUCCAUCCCUUCAACUAGCUCAGGGGUGCUCCUGGGCUGUUCUGGAGUGGGGGUGUAGUGACACACACCGUGGUUAAUUCAGGAAGGAGAAGCAGGGGUAAGAAGGGGGUCUGGAGUCAGCUUUCUGGCCCUUCUUAGGUACUGGUGAUGACAUGUCCUUCCCUGGGUCUACAUUUUUAUCUUCUCUCCUGGUUUAGCAUGGAUGAAGUGAAGGCUAUGGGGUAAUUUUUUACAAGUAAUGUCAAGGUCAAGUCUCGGAAGUUCUGGACUCAGGUUGAUAGAAGUAUUAGCUCUCACCGUUUCUCAGGUUCCUCCACCACAGCGGCCACAUGACUGAAAGUUCGUUAGUACCGUUGGGUGUGAUAAAGGGUGUGAUUGAUGUAGAUUAAGACUCACGAGUUUUCUCCUAUCUGAUGCUUCAUUGGAUCGUGAGACUAACCCUGAGAUGUGCUAUCCAUUCCUCAUAGAGAGCCCGCCAGAGCUCCUGCUCAUUGGCAAACUGCUCAGUCACAGGAUGGGAAUUCCUUUCAGAGUAGACCUCUGUUUCCCCUCUUGGCUGUUUGGUCUCUGUGGAUAGGCUCUUUCAUAACUUGAGUUCCUGCCCCAGCUUGAGCAGAAGGGAAUUUGGAUGCUCAUUUGGGUAUUCUAAGAGAACGCGCUGUGAAGCCAAGGUAUGGGAUUCAACUUGUACUAUGUAGAGCAAGGCAUCUGGGCUGGGGAGAGGCUCGGUGGGUAAAGCACUUGGCGCACAAGGUGAGCACCUGGGUUUAGAUUCCCAGGACCCAGGAAAAGUCAGGUCUGUGGUGGUGCCCAUCCCCAACGCAGGGAAGUGAAAACAGGUAGGUCCAAACGGUUUCUUAGCCAUUCUAACUGUAGCAGAGGGCUCCAGGUUCAAUGAGAGACUGUCUCAAAGACAGGAGAACAGUGCACACACACACGCGCACACGCACGCACACAGAAGAGAUCAUCUAAUGAGUGUGGGGUAGGAGAAUGGGUUAGUGACAGACUUUCAAGGGGAGAAGUACCCACUGGUUUCUCUGCUUUACAGGUUGUGGGGGCCACACCUGUGGACUCUGCUGGUCUCUGAUGUGAGAGCCUCCACCAGAGCUGAAGGAGCUCAAGUUUCAGCCUGAGGCAUGGGCCGGGGGGCCAUGGUGACCUGAGACCAGUGAAUUCUGUCCAGUGCCACCUGUUGCUCCUUCUGCCUCCCCCCAUCUGUGUAGAAAGAGUUUGUAUCUGUCUCAUCAGGGAACUGACCCAAGAGAGUCCCUCUCCCGUAUUUUUCUAUUCUUCUGCCCUACCACGACCAUUGCAGCCCACAGGACUCCUGCCUCCCAUCUCCCGAGGUGGUCCCCCUGCUUCCCAUUCUCCUCGCCAUGCUCCAGCUGUGGAAGGUAGUACGCCCUGCUCGGCAGCUGGAACUGCACCGCCUUAUACUGCUGCUGAUUGGCUUCAGUCUUGUCUCCAUGGGAUUCCUGGCUUACUAUGUUUCCACCAGCCCCAAGGCCAAGGAGCCCUUGCCUCUGCCCCUGGGAGACUGCAGUAGCAGUGGGGCAGCUGGCCCUGGCCCUGCACGGCCACCAGGCCCACCUCGGCCCCCUCGGCCCCCAGAGACAACCCGAACGGAACCUGUGGUCCUUGUAUUUGUGGAAAGUGCAUACUCACAAUUGGGGCAGGAGAUUGUGGCCAUUUUGGAGUCUAGUCGUUUUCGUUAUAGCACCGAACUAGCACCCGGCCGAGGGGACAUGCCCACAUUGACUGAUCAUACCCAUGGCCGCUAUGUCUUGGUCAUCUAUGAGAACCUUCUGAAGUAUGUCAACUUGGAUUCCUGGAGUCGAGAACUGCUUGACCGGUAUUGUGUGGAGUAUGGUGUAGGCAUCAUUGGCUUUUUCCGAGCCCAUGAGCAUAGCCUAUUGAGUGCCCAACUUAAGGGCUUUCCCCUUUUUCUACACUCAAAUUUGGGGCUCCGGGACUACCAAGUGAAUCCUUCUGCCCCCCUACUCCAUCUCACUCGCCCCAGCCGCUUGGAGCCAGGGCCCCUGCCUGGCGACGACUGGACCAUCUUCCAGUCCAACCAUAGCACCUACGAACCAGUGCUGCUCGCCAGCCAACGGCCAGCUGAGCCGCCUGUGCCAGGGCCAGCGCUUCGGCGGGCCCGGCUCCCCACUGUGGUACAGGACCUGGGGCUUCACGAUGGCAUACAGCGGGUGCUGUUUGGGCACGGCCUUUCCUUCUGGCUCCACAAACUUGUUUUUGUUGACGCUGUUGCAUACCUCACUGGGAAGCGCCUCUGCCUGGACCUCGACCGCUACAUCUUAGUAGACAUUGAUGACAUCUUUGUGGGCAAAGAAGGUACUCGUAUGAAGGUGGCUGAUGUUGAGGCUCUGUUGACUACCCAGAACAAACUCAGGACCUUAGUCCCCAACUUCACCUUCAACCUGGGCUUCUCUGGCAAGUUCUACCACACCGGGACGGAAGAGGAGGACGCGGGGGAUGACAUGCUGCUGAGGCACCGGCGGGAGUUCUGGUGGUUCCCUCACAUGUGGAGUCACACGCAGCCACACUUGUUCCACAACCGCUCCGUGCUGGCUGAGCAGAUGCGGCUCAACAAACAGUUUGCUUUGGAGCAUGGGAUUCCUACGGAUCUGGGGUAUGCUGUGGCCCCCCACCACUCGGGCGUGUACCCCAUCCACACGCAGCUCUAUGAGGCCUGGAAAUCUGUCUGGGGCAUCCAGGUGACCAGCACAGAGGAGUAUCCCCAUCUCCGCCCCGCCCGCUACCGCCGUGGCUUCAUUCACAAUGGCAUCAUGGUGCUCCCCCGGCAAACAUGUGGCCUCUUCACACACACUAUCUUCUAUAAUGAGUACCCUGGAGGGUCUCGUGAACUAGAUCGGAGCAUCCGAGGUGGAGAGCUCUUUCUGACAGUGCUACUUAAUCCGAUCAGUGUCUUUAUGACACAUCUGUCAAACUACGGAAAUGACCGGCUGGGCCUGUACACCUUUGAGAGCCUGGUGCGCUUCCUCCAGUGCUGGACACGACUGCGCCUCCAGACCCUCCCUCCUGUCCCUCUUGCACAGAAGUACUUUGAACUUUUCCCUCAGGAGCGAAGCCCCCUUUGGCAGAAUCCCUGUGAUGACAAGAGGCACAAAGACAUCUGGUCCAAGGAGAAAACCUGUGAUCGGCUCCCCAAGUUCCUCAUUGUGGGACCACAGAAGACAGGCACCACAGCUAUUCACUUCUUCCUGAGUCUGCACCCAGCUGUGACAAGCAGCUUCCCUAGCCCCAGCACCUUUGAGGAGAUUCAGUUCUUCAAUGGCCCUAAUUACCACAAGGGUAUUGACUGGUACAUGGACUUCUUCCCUGUUCCUUCCAAUGCGAGCACUGACUUCCUCUUUGAAAAAAGUGCCACCUACUUUGACUCAGAGGUUGUACCACGGCGAGGGGCUGCCCUUCUGCCAAGAGCCAAGAUCAUCACUGUGCUCACCAACCCUGCUGACAGGGCCUACUCCUGGUACCAGCACCAGCGAGCGCACGGAGACCCAGCUGCUUUGAACUAUACCUUCUACCAAGUGAUCUCAGCGUCCUCUCAGGCCCCUCCGCUACUUCGCUCCUUGCAGAGCCGGUGUCUUGUACCUGGCUACUAUUCCACCCAUCUGCAGCGCUGGCUGACUUACUAUCCCUCUGGACAGUUGCUGAUUGUGGAUGGGCAGGAGCUUCGUACCAACCCAGCAGCCUCAAUGGAGAGCAUCCAGAAGUUCCUGGGUUUGAUGAAGAUAAAGGAUUUUGGUGCCAGGGACUUGAAGGUGGCAAGACCCGCUGUCUAG